AUGUCGAUUACUGCAAAAUCGAGACCUCCGCGAAAGAAUUACAAUCAGUUGUCCUCGAACGAGAAGCUCGAUAACAGACAGACAGAUGAUGUUCACAUUGAGGAAGCAGAAGCCGAGUCAGAUGCCAGUAGCACCGAUUUGGAUGAACGUGACACCGGCGGAGUAUGCCCACCGUGUGCGCACGACCGAUAUAAUAACAACGUUCGUCGACAUGCACAUGAUGACUUCAGCGAUGAUACAGAUUAUGACGAAGCUCUCACUUGCAACGUGUGCGACCGGUCGUUUCCAACGCGUCGUCAACUCGGCGAUCAUCAACAGAAGAAACGACAUUUUGGAUGCAGCGCGUGUGACAGCCUGUUUCCCUCGCUGAUGGCACUAGAGCACCACAAAGAGGAGUUCCAGCACUGGAGCGACUCCUCGUACUGCUCGCACUCAGACUCUGAGGACAGUGACCUCGAGACGUGCCACGAGGACAAGCAUCGACUACUCUAAUGCCACCACCUCAUUAUUGCCGGGGAGAAGCCCACUGAGUUGGGAACAUUUGUUUGAACAGCUUUGUACGAUUCUUCUGGUAUAGGCAAGCGGGUAGCUAUCACUUUUGUGUGUAUAUUUUGUAUGUUCGCAAAGAUUUGAGAACUAUCAAGUUUAUUUUAAAAAUAGUCUAAUUUCCGUUAAGUGGUUGAAAUGCAGAAAUUGCAAAAAAAUUUGCAAAUAUGCGGACUUGAUAAAUUUGUGCCAGCACAUCUAUUGCAGAACCGGUGCACUAAGAUAUUUAUUAUUGUUUGACUAUUGAUAAAAAAGGUUUACUUUAUAUGGUUGGCUAUUUUAUGGAAUAGAGGAUUUAUGAAAUCUUCCAUUUCACUCUUGCACACAAUUUAAGUGAUAGAUAGCCACACGCUUGACUAGCCUGUACAAUGUCAACAAAGGUCUAAAUAUUCUGAUAUCAAGUGUAUUGCUGUCAUUAGACGUCUACUCCAUCUAUAGGUAAUAAAGGUAUUAAAACUCAAACAGGUCAGUAAAAAACGCAUAUAUUUUUAUGCCAUGAAUCAAAAUUAUAUCUGGGUCUUAAAGACUUCAGUGUUUACUUAAAAAGUAUACAAUGUUAAUGAAUUUACAAAAACAAUGUUUCUUUUUCAUAUUAGUCACCAUUGUGACUUUUCAAAUGUAUGUUUAUAAUAGGAAAGAAUUACAGUAUUCCUAAGUAUAUAAUACUAUAUAUACUGAAGCCUAAUUAUUGUACAGUGUAGACACAUAUCAUUUUGUACAAGCAAACGUACCUACUUCGUAAAGGAAUCUAUGCCAAGUGAAUAGAAACAAACAAUCAUAAACUGUGUGAUUUUCAUGAAUUGUCUAAGAAUAACUACAUAAAUACUUAUUUAGUCUAAGUACUUAAAACAAAGACAACCAUUUUGAAGAAGACUUGGGUUAUUAAUUUAGUAUUGCACAUAGCAUACAUUUUUUAUUGAAAUCAACAUUCUAUGUUUUCUACACUGUUAAUACAUAGGUACAUUAAUAAUCUGGGAUGAAAUAGAACUAACAGAACUGGACGAAAACAAUCAAGUCUUUUCCAGUAUCUGUAUUCGUCAAUUUCGUUUACAUUGACUACGAAAUCUACGUAAUCAUUUAGGUUUUUUUUUUGUCAUUUUCAUUUUUUUUUUCAUUUGCAAAAUAGAUUGGAAACAUAGCAUAGA